AUGAUAAGAAUGCUUUGAAAAAUUACUGGGCACUGAGGACCAUGCCAUCGUACCGUAUGACGCAUUCGUUUAUUAAGCAUAUCAAAAUGAAAGAUUACUUUAGCCAAUUUCUCGGCAAAACGAAUGCAGUCAGAUAAGCCAUGCGGACGGCCGCGGUGGCGUGUAGUACGCUGGCCGUGAUACCACGCGUUACAAGUCCAUAUUCACGUGCGGGCACCUACUCGUACCCCUGCACUCCGCGCAGGCAUGCUUCGCGAAUCCGUAUGUUCUUAAUUGUGGCCUACGUUAUAUCAAGUUUAAUUGUCGUGAAAGGCCAACGACUUCUCACUGUAAACCCUUUUGCACGGUCCAUAACUCCCUCCAAAAUGCACCGAUACCCACAAUCUGUAUGGAAACAUUGUUACGUGUACAGUGCGUGUCCUAAGUGUUGUAUAAAUUGGAACCAUCCAAGGCUUGCAACAAGCUCAACCCCUUUCAAAAUCAUACCUGUAUGGGAUUCGACCGUGCCAAUGAAUCGCAAUGGGCAAGUAUGGCCGCUUAGCAACUACCCCAUGCUCCGAGGAAAUAAGAUUAAUUUGCCUGUACAUUCAGAGCAUUAUAGGCUUUUAUCACUUAUGACAUCUACAGUCUCCGCCCAUCCACACAGUGCACAUUUAUCGAUUAACAAUUUAUCUCAAACUACAACUGUGACGUUAAACAGCUUAAACAAAACGAGGGACUCUAUGAUCACUUACCAGAAGAAUUCUGUUAAACUUAAAAUGACUUCAAACAAGCCAGGAUCUUUUUUCAAUAAUACUUUCAAUGGAAGAAGAAUGAAUGAUGCAAAGAAUAAAGGGGUCACAAACACAAAACCAAUAUUACUUGGUGUCACAAACAGCAAGUCAAUGUUGCUGCAAAAUAAGACUGAUCGUGAUCAUGUGCAAAAUGCUGGGAAUGCAUCCACCACUGUCCCACCCUUGGAUGUGGCAACUACACAAUCGGUGCUAAGUUUAAUGCAAUAUCACUAUGGAACAACCUCAACAACUUUCUUUAACACGUCUUCCCACAACAGUAAUAAAUCUGGUAGUCCAACAAAAAGAGACAUUAUUUUUAGAAUAUUUAGGAAAACACUAGAUCGAGUUGAACGUAAGUUUCUAUUGUCGGCGUUCAAUAAGUUGACCGCUAUCAGUCCAGACAAUCGGAAAGAAAAUGGAAUUAGCUUUUUACAAUCGGGGCUUUUCCUAUACCAUCUGCUGAUGACACUGUCUAUUACAAUGGAUCAAAACGCAGUUCGAGAAAUAGAAGAAUAUAUUGGUUUAAAUAUGUCGGAAGCAGAUAAAAUCGAGAUAUUAGAACGAACAGUAUCAUGGCUUCCAAAAUCCAGCGCAGAGCUGAAAUUCAGGUGGUCGUCGCGGCUGGUACUGCAGCGCGCGGCGGACGGGGACGCGUUCCACAGCGCCGCCGCGCGCGCUCUGCCGCUGCGGCUGAGCUGGCUCGACGGCAACGAGACCACGGCACAACUUACCGAAACUCUUAACAGUAUGGUGAUGUCGGACUCCGGAGGCAGCAUGCACGACACGUUCUCGGAGGACGAGGUGGAGUCGGGCGUGUGCGCCGCGGCUUUGGGCACGGUGUACCUGCGCGGCACGUGGCGCGCGGCGCCCACACUGCUCAACGACACGCUGCCCUUCCGCGACGCACCCGCCGCGCCCCAGCGCUCUUCGCGCUACUUUCGCCUCAACGACCUCAUGGGUUACUCCUACUUGCACGAAUGGGAGACAGAGGCCAUAGAGAUACCGUACGCUACGCCUGGUCUUACGCUACUGAUACUGGUGCCCAAAGAGCCGUCGCUGCGGCCGCUGGUGGAGCGCGCGGCCGCCGUGGGGCUGGAUGCCGUGGUCGGCGUUAUGCACACGAUGAGGGUAGCCGUCACACUACCGCUCUACACGUUGCGCAUGACUUUAUUGCUGCCUAAUAAACUACAAGAUAUGGGCAUGCAAAGUUUGCUAAACAAUGGCACUGACUGCCAGCCUGUGAGGCUGUCCCACGCCGUACAGCGGCUCAUGUUCUGGGCAGAGGCUGGCCGAAACGCGUUCAAAGACGAUGGUAUAGAAUGGGACCCGCGUCCAGAAUUGGAAAUUGUCGUAGACCGGCCAUAUCUGUUCUUCGUUCGUUGGGAUAACAUAACCAUUAUGAAUGGAGUAUUCGUACUGUGACUAGUAUUGGUCGCAGUUGCGUGGCUAAUGAGAAUCAAUGAUCUCAGGCCGCCGAGCGAUCUUCGUGCUGAGUAUCCAUGCACGUGAAAUAAUCAAAAGGAGACGGGAAUUUCGUAUGCCGUGCUAUCCUAAACGAUACGUAUGGUCAGGAAAUCAUCAUACUGCACGGCGAAGUGUAGGUACUUGGCAAAAACUGAAAUAGAUGUCAUGCACUACCACUUGCACUAAAUGAAAGAACGUGAUGGGAAUUGCAAAAAAAGGUCAAAACCAUUAAACCACCAUAAGUGGCAUUGGAAAAUUCGUUUUUAAUUCAGAAUUAGUUGCGCCAGAACACGGAUAUGGAAUGAGUUUACGAAUGUCACUUAUGAUUAUUAAUUAUGCCUGGUGGGGUGGUAUAACCCUUGACUAUACCUAAUAGGUACCUACCUACUCGUUGUCUGUCCCUCAAUGAAAAAACAGCUAAGUAUACCACUAUUUAUAUCAUAUUUAUUACUUAAUUAUAAAUUGUAAGUUAAGUAGUUUAGGUAAUUUGUUUUUUUGAUGAAUCCUCCUACUGUGAUGGCCGUCACAAAUAGUCACAAUACAAUUGAAUUAAAAACGAUUACUUAUUCAUUUCCAGGAACAAACCCAGCGAAUAUGUUAAAAUACUUAUAAAUCAUAUUAUUACUUUGUUGCAUGAAACAAGUUUAAUAAAAGCCCGGCAGAAUGGCUCUUAGAUUCCAUGGAAUUAGAUCGUGAGACCUACCUACUACUAAAUAAAGACUUGUUUAAUUAUGCGUGUUGUGUAGAUAGGAAUCACGAUAUAAUACGGCGGAAUUACAGAGUAGAAAAAUAAAUCUAAAGAUCAUAAAAAAGAUAUCUUCCAAACUAUUCACGGAAAUGUAACCAAAAUUUGUAAUUUGUAUACAAGUUAAGCAUAAUAUAUAUCAUUUACAAUACUUGUCUAUUUAACAAAAAUAAAAUAGGCCACUUUGUUUUAUACCCGGGUCAAGUUUGACAUCUAGUAACAAAAAAAUCCGGCCAUGUGCGAGUCGGACUCGCACACGAAGGGUUCCGUUCCAUUACGCAAAAACGGCAAAAAAUAUCACGUUUGUUGUAUGGGGGGGCUCCCGUACUUAACCUUUUCGACGCCGUGUCAAUGUCAAACACAAAAGCUGUCACGCGGACGCCACGUCACCGAAGUGUCAAAACUAAAAUUGAACUUUAUGCAUAGCAUAUGCACGUAGGACUAUGUUGCUCUGUGGUCUGUGACCGAUUAAUCGGUCUUUGGCGUUGAACCUGCGGUGCGGUUAUAUCGGUCAUUGGCGUCCAAAAGGUUAAAUAUUUAUUAUAUUCCGCUUUUAGUAUUUGUUGUUAUAGCGGCAACAGAAAUACAUCAUCUGUGAAAAUUUCAACUGCCUAGCUAUCACGGUUCAUGAGAAACAGACUGGUGACAGACACAAAGGCGGACAGCGGAGUCUUAGUAAUAGGGUCCCGAUUUUACCCUUUCGGUACGGAACCCUAAAAAACUUGAAAAUUUAGGCAAGCCGGUGUUCUUGCGAGCUGCUUAAAACUAUUAGAACUAGGGAUUGCUGAACCGGUACUGUUUAAAAGAACCGCGAUUUUCGGUACGAGGCAAAAAUGGAACCGGGAUUUCCCGGUAUUUUCGGUACUUUCGGGACUGCCUUCAAAAAUCAGUUUUUACCUCAAUUUUCGGUAAAAUAAACCUAAAACGAGCAUCAAUCUUUCUCUAAACAUUAUACAGUAUAAAAAGUACCAUAGUGAAGGUACAGUCGACGUCAAAAAUAUGUUUACACUUUUGCACCUUCCCCCUUUGAAUUAAGGCGAAAAAUGUAAACAUAUCUUUGACGUCGACUGUACACACACUUCUUUUUUACGAUAAUAUGUGUCUUCAAGCCACACAAUCAUUGCCUACAUUAAAAACUGUGAUAUGGACUGCCUCUGCUUAUUAUACUACAAAAUAAUUAAAUAAUGUAAUUAGGUUUAAUCCUACAUUAAAAAAAUUACAUUUGAUAUUUUUACUAUCUUUGUUGAAAAACAUCGACAAAAACUGAAUUGUGGCUCAGGUAAUAUCAUCAUUAUUUUUUUCGUGUCGUAUCGUGAAAAAUUUUAAUUAAUCAUUUUCGCAUGCGUUCAAAUGGGCUGUGGCAGGGAUAUUUUACCUACAUACAUAUAAUAAUAGAACUACCAAUACGAAGAAUCAAGAAGUUGUUGCAGCCAGAAUUAAGAAUUUACCAAGAAGAGGGCAUGUCACUAUAAUAUUUUAAUUCAUUUUAAAAUGUCAUUCAGAUUAUCAAUGAGAGUUUCUUAUACCGUAUUCGAAUUAAAAGAAAUAUUUUAUUAAUUACACAAUUCUCUCUAGUUUUUGCUCGUUUUAGUUUAUAUACUAACUAAUUAUUUGUAUAAAAUUAUUUAUCGUAGAAACACUCGUAUAGUUUCAAAUACGCAAUUUUAUAUUGUCUAUUUUUGUUUUGCUUUAAUAUGUGGGCAGCCGUAAAAGUAUUAGCGUCAGCCUUGGAUUGAUACAAUAUAUUUCUUUAAAAACAUGAUAUUUCAUGCCAAGUAACAGAAAACAGACAAAUAUUGUACCGGAAACAUUAGUCCCGAAAAUCCCGAAAGUACCGGGAAUUUAAUUUUGAAAUCCCGGUUCUUUGCUUGGCUCUAAAUCCCGGGAAUUCCCGGUACUUUCGGUUCCGGUAUUUCCCGGGAGCAAACCCUAAUUAGAACUAUGCAUAUUUCAAAUAAAAACUGAAUAAGUCAAAAUGAGUGUUUUUUACACACUGUGCAUAACCGACGCAAAAUUGAACCCAUUCAUACUUACCUAUAGUAUGAAAUUUUGAAAGUGGGCUAGCUUCUUACAACCUUCUUACUCUUCUUAGGUGCAGGUACGAGUACAUAUUAUGUAUGCUUAGAUUUGAGGAGAUCCCUCGAUUUCUCAUGGAUCCCAUCCCAUUAAUACCAGGGUCCAUGUGCCUAGACGUUACCAUGUAAUGUAAAAGUGUACUUGGAUGCAAAUAAAGAUCUCUAUCUCUAAAAUAUCGGAAUUCUGAGAACACAAAAAUAAAAACACGGUCGAAUUGAUAACCUCCGCCUCCCCUUUUUUGAAGCUGGUAAUUUUUUUUGCAGUGUUUCAAAAUUGAUAAGUACCUACUUAUUUUAAAGGAUUUGUGGUUUACGUUUCACUAUUGAUGCCACGUCCAUUAUUUCCAUUAUUAGUACAUACAUAUAAAGAGCAUUGUAUGAUCAAACAAAGAUGUAUUAAACAAAAUACAGUGUUUUACUAGCAAAAUUUUUACUCACCUUGAAAAAUAAUAUCACUUAGAUAUAUUGUUAGUAGUUAGUAAUCGAAUUAGAUAUUAUGAGGAACCUGAACUCAGAGAUUGCGCAUUAUUUUGUCACACGUUCCUAUGUACACCUUCAGUUUUCAUCAUCGGUUCAUUGGUGCCAAAAAUUAGACUAAAUUCGUUGUUACUCCCCAUUUUGUGUUUUAGUCAUGAGGCAUGCUCAUGAGUGCCAAACAUGCGUUUGUUUCAUAAAAAUGUGUAUUAUAUUCAUAGCUGGGCAGAAGUCCGCGAAGUUAAGUUUUCGAGUAACGGAUUAACUUUUAAGUUAAUUUUAAAAACCUGUAACGGACUUGUUAACUUCCGUUAACUUUCCUUAAGUCCGUUAAUCGUUAAUACCUAAGUACCUACGCACACCAAGGCCGCGCACUGCCUCAAAUAUAACACUAAAGCAUACCUUCGAGUGCUGCUGUGGAACGCCUGUUUUCGGCGGGAAAAGAUAUUCUUUCUCCAAAACGGGCGUCGAUAUCAGACGACAAUUUUAAUAUGCUCAUGUUCAUGAAGGGAAACAUGCACCUUAUGGCAGAUGCUAGCGAAUGAUAUUUUUAUUGGCUAUGCUAUUAUUAAUUGGUAAAUAAUUAGUAAGUAAUGAUUACCAUGUUAAUUAGUAGAUUAGUCUUUAAUGAAAAUCAAAAUGUAUGAUUAUU